AUGAUGGAAAUGCUGGUGGUUGCUCAGAAUCAGCCACCCCCAGAGACUAUUCAAAGAACUGUAAUUUCAGAGGUCGUGUGUACGCCUAUUUCUGUGACACCUAUAAACUCUCCUCAGUAUCAGAUGCACACCAAUUUCCCUUGGGGAAUUCCACCAAAUUAUAUACCGGAAGGUUAUCGCCCACAAGUUCCUGAAGCUCAUGUAGUGCCUGUUGUCAUGUUUGUGCCACCUCCUAUGAUACACACUACUCCAUACCACGAAGAGCCCAUCUUUCACACCACUCUAAGUGAGAGUAUGGGAGUAUAUGAGAAAAUGGAUUAUUUCCAAGAUCAAUUCACUGAGAUUCAAAGAGAGAUUAAAGCCCUUAGGGGAAAAGAUCUAUUUGGGAAGAAUGCCCAUAAUCUCUGCCUUGUGCUAAAUGUCAAAAUACCUGCCAAAUUCAAAGUACCUGACUUUGAAAAGUACAAGGGGGAUUCUUGUCCGAGGAGCCACUUAACUAUGUAUGCCCGAAAAAUGUCCACUCAAACUGACAACCACCAGUUGCUAAUUCACUACUUUCAAGAUAGUGUGACUGGUGCCGCUCUCAAGUGGUACAUGAACUUGGAUAGUGCCCGUAUCCGCACAUUCAACGAUCUAGGUGAAGCUUUCAUCAGGUAG